CUUUCAUUUGUGACUGGAGGAACAAUUUGUUUCACCGUCAAAUCAACGGCGCAUACGUUGGAUCACCGAGCAACUCGUCCGAUUCACCUCGAGCCGCUCGAUUUGAAGAAGUUGCAAACAAAAUGCCUAAAAGACUAUUUGAGGGACAUUGCUGAUGCUGAAAAGGUGAAAUACAUAUUGAAUGCAUCGCAUCAAGUAGUUCGAAUCACCGAGGUACUAGCGCAAUUGGGUGAAGGGGAAGUAGGCAGUGGAGCGGAAGGAAGUCGUGACAUCUCCAGCAACGUCACCCAUAGCGGGGACAUUGCCGCUAUGCAGCAUAUAAGGUUUACGGCAAUGCGAAUCGCUGUGGUCACAUGCAAAGUGAAGCCGCCGUCGGCAGACCAGCUCGAAGUGGACGUAGAGAGCAGUUCUCGUCGUGUGCCAUCUGUUCCUCCACCACAUGAUGACUUCUUGCGUGAACUCGUCCAGCUUGCUGCUUUCCAUGGGAAAACGAGACAGGAAGUCCUGGAUGUCGUCGAUUCGUUGAGCGACGAGUAUUUCACUCGAAAAAUGAACAAUCUGGCGUUCACAGAAACCACUCCUCCUCCUCCAAUAAUAUCUCCACGGCCUUCCAUGCAAUCCUACACGCCGUCAUCGCAAUUGCCUUCGCCAAGUGGUCCAACCACUCCGAUACCAUACAACAACAUUUAUCACAAAUUUGAAUACGUGUGA